AAACACGUGUGAGCAUGGGUAUGAAGGUGGAAUGAACAUUGUUUUGACAGGAAACGCUUAAAAAUGAAUAACAUGGUGAGAUCGUUCCCGAAACUAGCUGCAAAUGUCUCCAAUGACAUUAGCAAGAAAUACGAGGUAUGGUGGAGAAUCCAGGAGGCAGUAAAGAUGCUCAACACCCUCCAGAGUAAUGCACAGACCAUACAGAAGAUACGUAAAGAACGGGACUCACUGUCCCAUCUGAACAUCCCAAACAUGGUCAAGUACGCAGAGCGAGCAGGGAUUACGCUGGAUGAUAUUGACAGCCUGAAUGUGAUCCAUGUCAGUGGUACGAAGGGCAAGGGAUCAACAUGUGCCUUCACCGAGAGUAUCCUCCGCCAGUAUGGCUACAGCACGGGCUUCUUCAGUUCCCCACACUUGGUAGAAGUCCGGGAGCGAUUUCGGAUCAAUGGCACACCGCUAUCUAGAGAAAAGUUCGCACAUUACUUCUGGGAUGUGUAUCACAAGUUAGAAGCAUCAAAGCAACAGCACAAUGGAGCUAUGCCAGCUUACUUUGCAUUCUGUACCAUCAUGGCCUUCCAUGUGUUUCUACAAGAAAAGAUUGAUGUGGCCAUUGUUGAGGUCGGUAUCGGGGGCCAGUAUGACAGUACAAACCUCAUACAGAAGCCUGUUGUGUGUGGAGUUACCUCCCUUGGACUGGACCACACCUCCAUAUUGGGCAACACCAUUGAACAGAUAGCCUGGCACAAGGCCGGAAUUUUCAAGCCAGGAGUACCAGCCUUCACUGCCCCACAAGUGUCACCGGCUCUACAGGUCAUCAAGGAAAGAGCGGAGGAGAUAGGGAGUCCACUUCACAAGAUAACGACCUUGCAGGAUUUAGACUUGCAGGGCAGAAAACUAGAACUGGGUAUUGAAGGUACCAUGCAGAGGGUGAAUGCAGCCCUGGCAAUGCAGCUUUCUAAAACCUGGCUAGAGGAAAGGGGAGACAAUUCUCGGAAAGAGGACAAGAGAGGUCAGAAUGGAGUCCACUCCUCUACACCUGAGGCAGGAGAUGGCGUCCCAUUUAUACCAAAGGGUGAGAAAUUUGCUGUAACUGAGGAAAUGUGUCAGGGGCUAGCAAUGUGUAGGUGGGCCGGUCGAAACCAAUCCAUAAAGAAACACCGCCUGACCUAUUACUUGGAUGGAGCUCACACCUUGGAGAGUAUUGAGCAAUGUGUGGAAUGGUUCCAGUCUGUGUCAGCACAGGAAGCAGAGACCAUUAGGGGAAAAGUUGUCAAGGUCAUCAUAUUCAACACAACUGGAGACCGAGAUCCGUCUAUCCUGAUUUCUCCACUCACGGAAUGUCAGUUUGACCUGGUUGCUUUCUGUCCAAAUAUUGCCUUUAGUAAUCGUAACACUUUAGGAAAGAAUGGAGAUCUCACCAACAAUACAGUCACCACAGAGAGCCAGCAUUCCAGGUGUCUCCUAAACAAGGAAUGUUGGACCAAAGUUCAUCUGUCCAGGACAGCCUCGGCAGCCUUGUCAGAUGAUGUCACCGACCAUUCUUCUAAACGUGCUUUUCAAAACGGGAACGUCAAUGGACAAACAAACGAGUCCAACAAAAGAUUUAAAAAAGACCAAAGUGAUGUUUUAUCAGGAGCAGUAAAUCAAAAUUCCUCAGGAUUGCCAAAUGGUGUUUCUAGAGAUCAUGAAGAUAGUCUUUCAGAAUCUGUGAUAAAUGGAAAAUCUGACGAAACGUCCAUUCAUAAGUCAUGUGAACAAAGCAACUGUGAUAGUCAAUCCAAGCUUCCUAACGAAGCUGAUGUCCUUUCUGAAGUAUUUCCCUCUAUAUAUGAUGCUGUUAAGUGGGCCACUCAAGGUCGUGAGCCGUUGGUUGAUGAUGACCAUAAACUUGACUUAAACCAGAUCCCUGAAGACCUUCGUGACCCUGCCCAUAUACAGAUCCUGAUCACAGGAAGUCUUCAUCUUGUCGGUGGGGUGCUUAGGGCAGUGAGCCCUGACUACAACUCCUAGUGCCAUGACAGUUCCUAGUCUGUGCAUGAUAGGAAGUUUAAUCCUUGGUUAUUGGGCUGGAGACUUUACUUCAAUGUGGCAAGGAAAUCGUAAAAGGUUGUACAGGAUAUCGGAACAAACUACAACCUCGGUACAUGGCAGAAAAUUGUAAAACCAGAAGGAAGGUUUCUCACAGGAUGACAGAGGGACAUAAUUUCCUGUUUCACUAUUACAGAGUUAUGGCUCUUUAAAAAUUUUGAUACAAAAGGUUGUCUCCGAGUUAAAGUUGUAGGAUUACUCACGAUACACUGCCUUGUGUGUAUUAUGUAACACUAGCAGAUAUACUGAUAACGGCAUGCACAGGUCUUUUGUAUGUUUAUCUUAGAGCAAUGUUCAUUUCAUAAUUCCAAUAUGAAAUUGCAUCCAAAAAAAUGUUUUAGUUGAUGUUUUUAACUCCGGUUUUGUAAAGGACAGUACCGAUACUCCAAGUCCUGCCGAGAUUGGUUCUCCUUUGUAUUAUAUCACAAGGCGACAGAAGAGUUAUGUUAUAGAUAUGGCAAUCAUUGUUUAGUAUUAAAAUGGAAUUAAAGCUUUAAGUUUCUAAAGGGAUAAUAUAUAUCAUGAAAUGAUCUCUGUGUUUAUCAGUGGUUUUCAUGGCUGAUUUUAGGAACCACAAAAUGAAUUGAUAAAAUUUAACUGAAAUACUGUACAGUUGUUGUUAAACGUCAUGAGAGUAAUUAUAUAAUAUUUCAUGGUUAUCCUGGCCAGUCAAAACUAGUUCAAAGAUAUGUUUUUCACACAACACUGCCUUGUAAACAUUUUGCAAUAAACAAUGAAAUUACUUUUGUGUGUAUAUGUUACCCAGCAAAUACUAAUACAUAUAUACUAAUAUGUAUAUAACAUAGUAGCACAAAUGACGAAGGAAAACAACUUUUUGACGCGUGCCCUGACCGGGCAUAUAUAUACUAAUAUGUAUAUAUUAUAUGCUUCAUGGGUAUAUAUAAACAUUUGCUGGGUAUAUAUUUGUGCUGUAAAUGAAAUCCCCUAUAAAUAUACCAACUCUACAGUACUAUUUGUAAACAUGGGGUACACACAAAAGUUUGUAAAUUGAAACUAUCUGAAUAGCUUGAAGCCACAAAAGAAGGUACUCUUCACUUGAAUAUUUUAUGUUAUACAGCAGUAUUGUAUUGAUGGGAGAGGAAUAUAUAAAAGCUCUAAGCUUGUAUGUAUAUCCAGGUAAAUGUAUACAUAUCAUUGUUUGCUUUGUUGAAAGAAAUAUUUUAUGAAUAUUUAAGUUUUUAAUUUUGAGGUACUGACACUUUUAAUCAAUAAAACUGAUUUGUUUGUUAGUUUAAUGAAGUCGUUGAAAUGGUUAAACAGUAUCUCUCUUAAUUAGUAUCAUGUAUCUCCAAACUUUGGGAUGUUAUAUUGAGCCAUGGAAGUCUAGCCACCAUCAUUCCUACCUCAGACCUGGGUCAGUUGUGUGACAGGUUGUUAGAAAAACGGGAGAACAGUCGUCCAAAACACAAGUUUAAGUGGGACUAUAGACAGCCAGAUAGCAGAAAACUGAUGAUGUACAGGAACAACUGGAUUGGUGGGGGAUAUUGAAACUUUAAACCACACUGGAUAGGGACUCAUAGCAACUGAAUGAUGAGAAUGGAAACUGAAAUAGUGGAUGCUGAAUGAUUGGACAAUACAGGCAGUUUAUUUAUGCACACAAACUGGUUCAUCUUUCUCAAGACUCAACAGUUUGGACAUACCAUUUUAUGAAACUGGAUGUAUAAAUAAAGCCUUCGUCAGAAAGUGAAACAUCACUUGGUCCAUCCUUAUUUCAGAAACAAACAACUCUGGUAGAAUUUAUUGAACCAGGGGGGACUUGAUAUGGAGAAACUGGGCUGUUGUUGGAGGGACGAUUUGACAAUAAGGGCUGGAUAUUUAGAUGACUGGGCUGAUGGGAGCCAGACUUAAAAUAUGGGACUCAACUACAUGUAACGACCCUACUUCAAUAGUGUUACCAUACACAAUAGAUUUACUUUGUAGUAUAUAUACAAGUGCCAUUGAUGCCGACAAAAAUGCUUUUUUACAUAUACAUACCAAAGAAUUUAUAUUAUGUUUUAUUUUCAUCUGGUUGCUAUCAGGGAUUUCCUAUGAUCAUCUCGCUAAGAUCCUUAUAACACGACUCUUUGUUAACGUUGAUCACACUGUAUACUUGUGAAAGAUCAUUGUACUUGUAAAAGAUCAUUGUACUUGUAAAAGAUCAUUGUACUUGUAAAAGAUCAUUGUACUUGUAAAAGAUCAUUGUACUUGUAAAGAUCAUUGUACUUGUGAAAGAUCAUUGUACUUGUGAAAAAUCAUUGUACUUGUGAAAGAUCAUUGUACUUGUAAAACAUCAUUGUACUUGUGAAAGAUCAUUGUACUUGUGAAAGAUCAUUGUACUUGUAAAAGAUCAUUGUACUUGUAAAAGAUCAUUGUACUUGUGAAAGAUCAUUGUACUUGUGAAAGAUCAUUGUACUUGUGAAAGAUCAUUGUACUUGUAAAAGAUCAUUGUACUUGUAAAAGAUCAUUGUACUUGUAAAAGAUCAUUGUACUUGUGAAAUAUCAUUGUACUUGUGAAAAAUCAUUGUACUUGUGAAAGAUCAUUGUACUUGUAAAACAUCAUUGUACUUGUGAAAGAUCAUUGUUGUUUCUUAUUUUACCAGCUCCUACGGUGAGUGAUAAGUACGAUUUUACAGAGGUAGUUAUGUGUUAGAUCUCGGCGUU